AUGCCACCACCAAGACCAAACCUGCCUCCGCCGGCAAAGCCACGAUACAGUCGCAACUUCGACCCAUGGAAUUCGGUAUCAACAGGCCAUCAGCGUGCCGAAACCAGCGGACCACAGGGAUGGCGCGAGUCGCGAGACCUGAAAAUGAACAGCCAGUUCCGUGGCGGUAACUCGGGCGGAGCGCGCAUCUCAGACAUGGUCGGCGUCGGAUCCGAAGAUUUUGACGACGACCUGGGCAUGUUCGUACCGAAGGAGGUCCGGGCCCGCGCCAUGAGCAGCGUUGCUGACAUGCUGCGCAACCCGGGAUCCAUGCGGGCCCCAUCGCGGCCUUCGUCUUCAUCCUCCGGCUCCGGCCCUUCCCUAUCCCUAGAAACGAGGCCAGGGGACGCAAGGUACAACAAACCCGACGCCAAAUCGGCGGCCGAGGAGAAACCAACCCGAGCCUACGAAGCCAAGGAUGGGGCGGGCGAGGAGGACAACACGAGGCAGACCCAGGAGCGCAAGAUAUUCGAUGGCCUGGUGAUCUACGUCAACGGCAGCACCCACCCGCUCGUGUCCGACAUCAAGCUCAAGCGCCUACUCUCGGAACAUGGGGCGCGCAUGUCGCUCCACCUGGGUCGCCGCCAGGUUACCCACGUUAUCCUGGGGAAGCCGUCCGGCCCGAACGGAGGUGCCGGCGGUGGGUUGGCGGGCGGUAAGCUGGAGAGGGAGAUCCGGCGGGUUGGCGGCUGCGGCAUCAAGUUUGUCGGUGUCGAAUGGGUUCUGGAAAGCAUCAAAGCCGGCAGGCGACUUCCCGAGGCGCGGUUCGCCAAUCUCAAAAUCGCCGCUCGGCGCCAACAGAGUGUUCUCGGAGCCUUCUCGAAGGCCGACGGGAGCACGCAGCAGCCAGCCGUCAACACCCCUGGGAGCUGA